UUCAAAUAAAACCUCAAAUAAGCCUCCAAAAUGAACGCCGCCAUCAAAACUCCAAUCCAAUAAAGAAAGAAAUAAAAAUGGCGCCUUCUCUUUCUCCCCCUCAAUUUUUCAACUCCUCCUCAAAACAUCAAUACUACUACUUCGUCAUCGGCGGCAUGGCUUUAAUCGUCUUCAUUGUCCUCCUCGUCAACGCCUUCGCCGCCGGCUACUGCGCGUGGUUCUCGCGAGUCUUCUCCGGCCAACCACCACCUCCGCCGACGAGAGAGGUGCAGACGUGGAUUCCGGCGUAUGAGUUCAGAAAAGAAGAGAAGGAGGAGGCGGCUGAUGUGGAGUGCGCCGUGUGCUUGUCGGCAAUCGCCGACGGCGAGAUGGUGCGGGAGCUGCUACAGUGCGGGCACACGUUCCAUGUGGCGUGUAUCGAUCUAUGGUUCCGGUCGCAUACGAGCUGUCCUGUUUGCCGUUCGAUUGUGCUUCCCGCGCAGUCGGAUUCGAUGGAGGCGCAGUCGCCGGAGGCUAUGCUGGCGAGUAGAAUGGAUGGGAAUGGGAGAUUUGUAAGUGGCGUUGUGUAAAU